AUGCGUUUUUUCCGUUUCCUUGUAUUUCCUGUCAUUGCGGGACUUUCCUCUGUCCUUGCUGCUCCAAUCACCUCGAAUGAUACCGUCGAUGGCAGUGGAGAAGCGCCGGAAACGUUGUUGCAGAACAGCGAAGAACAACCGCAUCAAAGACUGAAGUUCUAUAACUGGGACUACAAGGAUCUUGGAACAACAGCAUUCGAGGAUAUCUCGUUCCCUGCUCGUCAACCGCCAGUUGCAGUCAAUCAAUCGGAGCAAUGUCCUGACGGAUGGCUUCGUUUCGCCGAUUCCUGCUAUUGGAUCGAGACGGAGCUGAUGGGUUUCGCUAAGGCAGAAAGAAAGUGUUUCGAGAAGCAAUCAACAUUGUUCGUGGCCAACUCUCUCGAAGAGUGGGACUCGAUCCGUUCCCAUUCAAAGGAAGCUUACUUCUCCUGGAUUGGACUCGUCAGAUUCACCCACUACGAAAAGUCCGAGCAGUUGCCAAGAUGGCAAACCGAAGGAGCUAUCAACCCAACUAAAAUGAACUGGCUGAUCAAGCCGUACAAGCCAAUUGUGAACGGAUGGACUUCGUUUGCCAACUGCGCCGCUAGCUACAAGUCACCAGCCACCCUCGAAUCUGCCUCGUACACAUUCUUCUACCCAUGUACCUACCUGCUCUACUCGAUCUGCGAACGAAACUCGACCAUUGUCAACGUGAUGCAGUGA